ACGUCAGUACUAAUUCACCCUUUUCCCUUUUACAUCUGCAGAAGUGUUAUUUCAAAAUGUAUAGAAGGACUUUUAGAGUCAGGAGCAAAGCGAGAAGUUCAUCAAAGUAUGGCCAGUUAUUAAUAACACUUUUUUUCUGCCAUGUGUUUUUUUUUUUUCCCCUUCAAAAGAAAUACCAAUUACAUUUUUUUUUCUUCUUUCAAAAAACAAGACAGGGUCUUUCCAUGUUGCCCAGGCUGGCCUAAAACCUCUUAGGUCCAAGUGAUCUACGUAGGAGUAUUGGGAAGACAGGCAUGUCCAAUCCCUACCAAGCCCCCACUUUCAAGUAUUCUUGAUACAAAAUUUAUACUUACAGAAAUGUUUAAGAGAACUUAUGAUAACAAGACAGAAAAGGGAAAAUAUCAAUGUAGAUUUCAUUGGGUUUUCUGGAAAUUUUCAUGUGGUAUGAUGGGAGUGGCGUAUUUGGAUUCACUUUCGAUGGGUCCAAUAUUGUGCUCACAAACACAAAAUUAAGAGAGCCUGCUUGCUCUAUACUUUGAGUCUCGAAAUCACCAGAUAGAACCCACUUUCAACUGGCCAGUGAUUUGAAAAAUGUCCAAUAAUGUAACUGGUGGAUGAAAAAGCAUAUUUAGGUCGAUACAAAAGUAAGAGCUAGCAUUUACUGAACGCUUACUUUAUGUCAGUCACCAUUCUAAGUGUUUCCUUGUGUAUACAUGGCCCUCACCACAUUGUGAGGUAAGUAUUAAUAACCCCCUCUUACGGGUGAUAAACAGAGCCACAAAGAAGUAACUUCUUAGGAUUAAAAGUAGGAUCAGCCAAUAUCAAAACACAAUGAAUUGGCAAUGAACACAGAGAUGGUGCACCUAACAUUGCCUAUGCUGUGAACCAUGCAGUCUUGGGAAAGGCUUCGUGUUUAUAGCGUUCUUUUCAGGGUCUUUUGAUUAUACAUCUCUUCAACAUGUUAUCCAAGUUCAAAAAACCAAUUAAAGGCAUCACUUGCCUUUGACAAUCUAACGCAUUCUGGUCUCUGCAGCAAAUAUAAGUGUCCUGUGCAGCUGAAAUAACCAUGGUGUACCCUUUUCUGGAGGCUUCAUCUUGUGGCCUUGCAGCCAGCCCUCCCUCCAAAUCCAGAAAAUAGUUUCUGGCCCUGGCGUCACACAACGCAAUAGGCCCACGCUUCAGGCAGAGGGCGGGCAUAUUCUAUCGAUGUCCCCGAUUUGCUGUGGUUAUUUUGUGGGUUUAGGAAUGAAUUAACUUUGUAGAAUUGCGUAAUACAAGGGACAUGUGUCAUCCAAGAAACGUGCCUUCAGCACACCUCCAUCUUUACAAUAAAUUAAAGAACGGAGUCCUCAGUACAUCAAGAAGGAAUCAAGUUGGUUAAGAGGGUUGACAGGGUAUUUGGGAAAUGAAAAUUAAGGCUUACAGGCUUCCAUCGGAGAGACUGCUUCAAGUUCACAAACCGGAGGAGUUCUUUUUAAGGGGGGCGGGGGAGGGGUGGAGCUGCGGCUCCCCGGAUGUGAAAGACUUGCCCUCCUCUAGCAUCCGUGACGUGUGCAGUGCCCAGUGACGCUAAGCCUAGGAGCCACUCAGGCGCUUGCUCCGGGGAAGCUUCCCAGGGUCCUGCGCGUGCGUAACGCCGCCGGCCCUGCCUUCCACCGCCUCAGAGUGAGACAUGGUGCUGUCGGAGCUGGCAGCGCGCCUUAAUUGCACUGAGUACAAAAACUGGGUGAAGGCAGGACACUGUCUGCUGCUGCUACGCAGCAGCCUACAGGGGUUCGUCGGCCGCGAAGUACUCUCCUUCCAUCGCGGACUGCUCGCCGCGGUCCCCGGCCUUGGUCCCCACGCCACCUGCCGUGGCGGCUCCCGGUGCAGCCCGCGCGCUCGCCAGUUUCAGCCUCACUGUCAAGCGUGCACCGAGUGGAAACGCGAGAUCUUGAGGCAUCACAUCAACAGAAAUGGAGACGUGCACUGGGGAAAUUGCCGGCCUGGCCUCUGGCCCGUGGACGCCUGGGAGGUGGCCAAGGCCUUCAUGCCCCGAGGACUCGCAGACAAACGGGGACCUGAGGAAUGCGAUGCAGUCGCCCUUCUAAGUCUCAUCAAUUCCUGCGAUCAUUUCAUGGUUGACCGGAAGAAGGUCACAGAGGUGAUUAAGUGUCGGAAUGAGAUAAUGCACUCUUCAGAGAUGAAAGUAUCAUCUGUAUGGCUUCAAGAUUUUCAGAUGAAGAUCCAAAAUUUUCUAAACGAGUUCAGGAAUAUUCCAGAGAUUGUAGCAGUAUAUUCCAGGAUAGAACAGCUGCUGACGUCUGACUGGGCUGUUCACAUCCCUGAGGAAGACGAACGAGAUGGCUGUGAACUUGAAAUAAGAGGUUACUUGAGUGUGAACCAAAUCCAUGAAAUCGAAAUGGAAUUGCUGAAAGAAAAACUGCAAGAGAUGUACCUUCAAGCAGUAGAAGAAGAGGUGUUGCCUGAAGAGCUCUCGAAUCAACUGGAUGCGGUGAGAGGAUUCCUGAGAAACAACACCGAUCUUAGAAAUGACCUUACAGAAGACAUGCAGAAGCUAGACGGCCUUCAUCUACAGCAUCAAAAACCGAUUUCAAAGGAUGCGGGGAGACAGACCCCCUGAAAGGAAGGCUUGAAGUCUGUGGCACUAGACUGUUUUGUGUCACUUCUGGACGUUGCUGUAUUCCCAAAACUACCUGGAAGAAACACUCCAUGCCAAGGCUCAGCAAAGAUGAGUUCAUUCCCUCACUUGGCCACCUGCCUGUCCGAGAGGGACCCUGCGGAGAACGGGUUGUCAAUACAGACUGGAUUCGGCAUGUAUUUUGACUUCAGAACCCAGUCAGUGCAAAUGUGCCUGCAGCUUGCUUAUUUAGUCUCCCUGAUUGCUGUUUGUUUUUCACUCUUAUGUCCUCAUUCUUCCUCUAUUUGUGAAGUUCCUUGAGAAGACUUCAAGAGUAAAGCAAAAUUUUGCAUUUAUUUUUGUCAAAGAAAAAAAAAAAAAAAAAAAAGACAGUCAUGAAAUGUCUAUUCCCGUCUAGAUCUGAACUAGAAAACAUGGAGUCUUGAUUUCCUAACCCAUGAAGACACGGCUUCUAACUGUAGCAAGUUUGAGAUCGGGACCUUUCAUUUUCCACCUGUGUCUAAUUUGUCCUUACCAGUCCUUCACACACUUACCAAAUGUCAAGCCUGUGCCAGCCACUGAAGUUGAUGCAAAUGUAAUGAGCGGUGACAUCCUGUCUGACUGCCUUUGUCUUCCACUGUGACAAAUCAAAGGUAUUGUUCAGGAAAGUUGACACUAGUAACAUUCCGUUGAACUGAAACAGAAGAGAAGACACUUAUUUAAAAAGGGCUCCAAAGUAAGUGCGGCCUCUCCAGAGGCAUCAUCCUGUAGACAUCUCUUCAGCAGCACUGCGCAUCUGGACACAGGGUCUGUAUGAACAGACGCUUCCCACAGCAUUCGUACCCAGCCACUAGUAGAGAGGACCUCCUGAGCAAGGCAUAGAACAUCUGCACUCCGCCACAUAACUGUUCGAGAGAAGGUGCCCAGACUGCAGUGCAGGAAUACGAAGUGCCUGUAAGACAUCUAAAGGAGUAGUUUGAGAGGGUGGGGUGGAAUUCCAUGGUGGGGCACUUGCUUGCCCAGCAUGUAUGAGGCCUUCAGUCGGAUCCCCAGUCCCCUACCAAAGGCAAAUAGAAAAGAGAAGUAUUUAAUAAUACCCAGCAUGCUGUAGCGCUGUUUUGUAUGGUAUGAUAACAGGCCUGGAAAGGUCUGUUUUUUUUCCAAGUCUGUAUGCUGUAUGUUAGGUCUGGGAGAGGAGUUGGAGCUGUGGGGAAUGGUCAGAAGGAAUUUAGCUCUUUCUAUUUUGUAUAAUCUCUUUAUAAUAAACAUGCACUCAUGUACGUUGACAUUUUUAUCAGUUUUUAACUUUAAAACAAUACAUAUGAACGACAUAUACCAAA